GCGCCGUAGAGUAAACUCGCUAAGCGGGGAUGAGGUUUGCCGGAACCCAUGCCUCCGUCUUCUGCUUCCGGGUCGGAGCCAUGGCGGUGGCAAAUUCAAGCCCUGUCAAUCCCGUGGUGUUCUUUGAUGUUAGCAUUGGCGGCCAGGAGGUUGGCCGCAUGAAGAUCGAGCUCUUUGCGGACGUUGUGCCUAAGACGGCCGAGAAUUUUAGGCAGUUCUGCACCGGAGAAUUCAGAAAAGAUGGGGUUCCGAUAGGAUACAAAGGGAGCACCUUCCACAGGGUCAUAAAGGAUUUCAUGAUUCAGGGUGGGGAUUUUGUUAACGGAGAUGGUACUGGAGUUGCCAGUAUUUACCGGGGGCCAUUUGCAGAUGAAAAUUUUAAACUGAGACACUCAGCUCCAGGCCUGCUUUCCAUGGCAAACAGUGGUCCCAGUACAAAUGGCUGCCAGUUCUUCAUCACCUGCUCUAAAUGUGAUUGGCUGGAUGGGAAGCACGUAGUGUUUGGAAAAAUCAUUGAUGGACUUCUAGUGAUGCGAAAGAUUGAGAAUGUUCCCACAGGCCCCAACAAUAAGCCCAAGCUGCCUGUGGUGAUCUCACAGUGUGGGGAGAUGUAGUCCAGAGCAAGACUGAUCAGUCAAAAGUUAUCUGGAGCUGGAACAGAUGAAUAGCAACUCUAGCAUCUGACUCUUCUGUCCAUACACAUUAUUGCUGCAAGCCUUUUUCACCUGGAUUACUGGUGCAGUUGCCCAGACAACCUCUCUGCUGUCAGUACCUUCUCCGGUCCAUUUUCUAUACCAUGUUAUUCAUAGAACAAAAUUAUUAAGAUACUGUGUGUCAAGUACUAGUCCAGAUGCUUCAGGAACUCAGUCUGAGGAGAGGAAGGUUUAAUUAAUGCAACACAGUGUGUUAGGAUAGGAGGGUCUCCGAACAAGGUAACAUCUGAGGCAAGACCCAAAGGAUGAAGAGUUAAGCAGUCAGAAGAAGGGAGAAAGGAAGAGUUAUAUGUAGAAGGAAUAGUAUGUGAUAGCUCAAAGGAAGCAAUGGCUCAAAGAUCACCUGGAAGGUUGAACGAGGAAUGUGAAAGAAGUGUCAGAGGUAAGUUUGGAGAAGUCUUACAGGGUCAUGUAAACCACAAUAAGGAAGUUGGACAAACCUAAGGGCAGUAGUAAUAAGACUGUCAUGAUCAGAUAGAUGUUUUCAGAACACCCUGGAUAUCGUGGUGGAGAAUCUUAGAGGAAGAAAGAGGUAGAGAGUGGCUAGGAGGCCACAGCAGUGCUCUAAAGUGAGGGGUCAGCAAACUGGUUGGCAGGUCAGAUCACACUCCCUGUUUUUCAGUGGCUCAUAA